CCCUUUAAGCCGCGCCGCCCGCUCACCCGCCUGGGUGUCUGUGCAGCCUGGGAGCCGCGCGGGCAGGAGCCGUCGCCAGCACCGCCUGCUGCCGGGGACGCGCCUUCCUCCUCCGGUUCCCCUCCUCCCCGGCAUCGCUGCCCCCUCCUUCCCGCUCUCUGACCCGCCGCAUCCCCGCUCCUUCCGCCACAGCCAGCUCUAAGAUGCCCCGCUAUGAACUGGCUUUGAUCGUGAAAGUCAUGCAGAGGCCUGAGACUGCAGCUGUGCUGAAGCGCACUGUUGAGGCUCUUAUGGAGAGAGGAGCCGUUGUGAGGAACCUAGAAAACCUGGGAGAAAGGUCUCUACCUUACAAAAUCUCCAAGCACAAGGAGCGCCACAGAAGAGGAGGGUAUUUUUUGAUAGACUUAGAGGCCCCACCUACGAUUGUAACGACCAUGAUGGAUCAUUUAGGACGUGAUAUUGAUGUAAUUAGACGUGCUUUUAUAAAGCAUCCUCUAUCAAAGACAGAAGAAUGCAGUGGCAUAAUCCCAGUCAACUAUAACGAUAAACUAAUUGCCAAGAAGUGAAAUACUCAAAGUAGUGUGUUUGAAGCCUUUAAAAAAAUUUUUACUCCUGUUCUGGAAAACAAUUGUGAUAACUGAUGACCAUUAUGAAUAAUCAUUUUUGGCCCUGUUAUGUGUGUGACAUAGUACACUAAAGCUGUUGUAAUAGUUUUUGUUUAGAAUAAUUUGAAUAGACUUAAUCUCUAUGCUUAUCUUGAUAUUUGACAACUCUGAAAAUGGAUUUUCUUUUCUUAGAGCAUUACAUUGAUAAUGAAGAUUUGUCUAUCACCAGAAUGCUAAAAAUAGCAUUCUUUUUCUAAAGACAGAUUACUGCAGAAUAUGUAUAUUUACAUAAGAGAUUAAGAAAUCUACAGUGUUAAAUAUAGCAACACAGGAUGAUUUUUUGGAGGGGGGUUUUGUGCUUGUUUUUUGAAAAAGUUAAUAAAAGUGUGAUUAAAAAUAAA